AUGACGUUACGGGUCGAAGUGCCCGGGGAGAAAAUCGUGAAUGUGGAAUCAUGCAAGUACAAAAAGGCUUACAGCACGGACGUUGCUAAAAACGAGACGAAGUUCAGCGGCAGACUGAAAGAGUUCAUAAAGGGAGCAUGGGCGGUCAGAACAAAAGUAACAGUGGAGCCCUAUGUUAUUUGUUAUGUGUUGCCGAGUGUACUCGCGGGGCUAGCUGUGCAAAACUUGUGUCUGGAGAAGGCAUGCCUAGUCAACCUGCAAUACGACGAGGAUACCUGCACACACAUAAUGCAGGGACGGACUCACAAUUACACGGAGCAGGAGAAAAGUGUACAGACGAUGGUAGCGGGGAUGACGGCUUGGAGCUUCCCCCUGCAGACAGCUCUGCCGGGGUUACUGGCGCUCUUCGUCGGCGCGUGGAGCGACCGAACGGGCAACCGAAAGACGUUCAUGGUGUUACCCAUAGUGGGGAAGCUAAUAUCGGUUUUCGGUAUCAUACUGAGCACUGUGUUCUUCCUCCAAGUUGACCUGAACGAGACAGCACUGAUAGAGGGUCUCCCGCCCGCACUAGCAGGGGGCCGCGUCGCUAUGACCAUGGCGGUCUACAGCUACGUAACAGAUAUCACAAGUGACUCGGAACGGACUUAUCGUUUGGGCAUCAUUACCGCCAUCCUUACUCUGAGCAGGCCCGUCGGACUCGCCCUCAGCGGUAUUAUGACUAAGCGUUUCGGUUACUACGGUGUAUUUACAAUCGCGUGCGUUUUCUAUCUGUGCGGUUUCGUUUACAUCGUCCUGAGGCUGAAGGAGAAGCCGAAGAAGACUAUCGACAAGGAGAACAUGGAGAUGCUAUCCAUGUUCUCGAUACAGGACCUGGGAGCGACAGUGAACGUCGCGUUCAAACGCCGCCAGGGCUCCCGCCGUAUGCAAAUUAUAUUGAUCAUGUUAGCAUACAUGUUCAUCGUCGGACCAGUACUAGGUGAGGCGCAGAUGACAUACUGGUUCACACGGUACAAGUUCAAAUUCACCGAAGUCGACUACAGCUUGUUCCUCACAUACUCCGUCCUUGUGGGCAGCGUUGGUUCCUUCGUGACAUUAUACCUGUUCAGCAAAAGGUGGGACAUAGAAGACAGCGUCAUCGGAGCGUUCGCGUGUCUGAGUAGGAUAGCAGCGAGUGUGGUUUACGCAAUGGCACCAAACCGUACCGUGUAUUUCCUGGGACCGGUCCUGGACAUGUUCAGCUCGGCCGGGGCGACUUCUCUUCGAUCGAUUGCCACGAAAUUGGUGGACACUGACGAAGUUGGUAAAACGAGCUCUCUUAUAAGUAUAUCAGAAGCCCUGGUUCCAGUCAUCUAUUCACCGGUUUACAGCAAAGUUUAUCUUAGCACGUUGUCUACGUUCGCUGGUGCAUUUUAUCUGAUCAGCGCAGCCUUGGCGGUUCCUGCCAUAGGGAUUUUCUUAACGCUAUUCAGUUUGCGGCGAAAAGAACUGGCGCAAUCCUCGGCAAGUGGGAAUAAGGCUAAGGAGAACGAAGUUACUCGUUUU